CCUAGGCUCAAUACUACAAUUACUGUCAAGGAAAAUUAUUUUGAUUUGCACAAUGAUAAAGAAUAUUGUAUAUUAGUAGCAUCUAUAUUUUAAUGGUUUAAAAAGUUUAUUUGAAAAGUGAGAGGUGAAGAGAUGAGGAAGAAAGUGGCUCUGCAGAGUAAACUUGGGUGAACAAAAGAAGAAAGGAGAAAAAGAGCAAAAAUAAAAGCACACCCCGGUCUAGAACACAGAGAAGAGGUCCAUAGAGUCAUAGUAGCCAAUAAUGUCUAUUUGAUGUGUUGCAGGCCACAUGUGAGGAAGAGCCAAACCUAAGAUUUAAAAAAAUAGCAAAAUGAAUCAAAACCUUUUAAUGCAAUCACACACACACACACACACACACACACACACACACACACACACACAUUCAAUCACUCUGUAUGGGAAGGAUUAGGGCUGAGACGCACCAGUGAUCAGCUGCAGUAACCACUGUGUGAAGACACAGUUGUCAUCUGAAUCACAUCUAAGAAGCCAUGCACACCUGCAAAGCAGGAAGAGCCCCUCACGUCCGCUUCUCUCUUGCGGUCACCCUGUGAACCAGAGCCACUGGCCCCUCCCGGCAUCCUGUGCAGCUCCUGGGUCACUGCCUCCUGUGGGCAGGAGCAGUAGGAUGUCACCUGCCGUCCUCAGCCUGCUGUGUCCUGGAUUCUUCUUGUUCCAGAGUGUCUGGGCCCUGAUGGGAGAUCCUGACAAGCCCACCCUAUCCGCCCAGCCCAGCUCCAUCAUUCCUCAAGGAGAGCACGUGGUUCUCAAAUGUGACUCUUCUCAAGAGUUUGACACAUUCCAACUCUACAAGGAAGAUGGGUCUCAUGUCCCAGAGAUUGAGGACAGGAAAUUCCAGAAGUACGUCCUCUUGGGGCCUGUGACACCAGCACACGCAGGGUCCUACAGAUGUUCCUCUUUUCUCCAUUCUCCUCACAGAUUCUCAGCACCCAGCGACCCUCUGGGCCUCACAAUUACAGGCAUCUACAGAAAACCCUUCCUCCUGGCCCAGCCAGGUCCCCUGGUGAAAUCAGGGGAGAAGGUGACCCUGCAGUGUGUGUCACAGGUCAGAUUUGAGAUCUUCAUUCUGGUUCUGCACAGAGACGGGGUAGCCCAGGACCCCUGGAAUCUUACAGGGGAUCCUCAGGAUGAGACCUCUCAGGCCAACUUCUCCAUAGACCCUGUGACAGCCACCUACGCAGGGACCUAUAGAUGCUAUGGGUCUCUCAGUGACUCCCCUUAUGAGUGGUCAGCUCCCAGUGACCCCCUGGACCUGGUGGUCACAGGUCUGCACAAGAAACCUUUCCUCUCAGUCCAGCUGGACCCGGGGGCAAGACCGGAUGGAAACGUGACCUUGUCCUGCAGCUCCGAGCACCCCUUUGAUAUGUUCCACCUGUCCAGGGAGAGGCAGGGAUGGCCCCUCAGGCACCAGGCUGCAGCCCAGAGAGGAGAGCUCAUGUUCCAGGCUGACUUCCUGCUGGGUCCCGGGGCCCACAGCGCCACCUACCGCUGCUAUGGCUCUUUCAGUGGUUCCCGGCAUGUGUGGACAGCCCCGAGUGACCCCGUCCACCUCUCGGUCACAGGAUCCGCGCCCAGCAGCAGCCUGAUGCCUCCUCCCACUGACCGGAGCCUCAACCCUGACGCCCGCAGACGCCCGUGGAUCCUGACCGCGCUGUGGGCACCCCUCGUCCUGCUCACACUCAUCUUGGUCCUCGUCAUCCUCGCGCAGCGUUGGCGCUCGGCCAGGAAGCGGCGUGGGAGCUCGGAUGCGGGUGGGCAGGGCUGCAUGGGCUCCCCAGACGCAGGUGCAUCCACGCAGAAGCGCGGACCUAAGGCUGACGAGGCAGACCCGCGGGCUGAGGAGGCCCUGGAGCUGACCUACACCGAGCUGGACCACUGGGUGUCCACACAGAAGAGAGAUGCCACCACGACCCAGAGGUACAGCACCCCCCAGGCCCACGGCUGUGUCACUGACAUGAGUGCCUGGGUCCUAGACCUGCGUCCAGCAGGAGGCCAGGUGCAGAGUCGGGUCAGCACCAUGGCAGCCAGAGUCACUGCCCUUCUCUGCCUUGUCCUCCACCUGGCCCACACGGUUCCGGUUCCAGCACAGGAAGGGGACCUCCCCGCUCCCUGCAUCUCCGCAGCACCCGGGCCAGUGGUCCCCUGGAAAGCGUCCCUGAGGAUCCUGUGCCAGGGGAUGGCCGAGGCCUUCCUGUACCAGCUGCUGGGCCUGGAGAACUCCACGCUCACAGUGCUGAAGGAGCAGCUGGGAUUUCAGUUGCAGGCGGAGUUUGUCCUCGGCAGCGUGGACGCCAGCGCUGCGGGGCAGUACUGGUGCCGCUACCGGAAAGGGCGCCAGUGGUCCAAGUGGAGCAAGGCCCUGGGACUGGUGGUGACUGGCUUGUAUAGCAAACCUUUCCUCUCCAUGGGUCAGCACUCCAUGUUGACAUCAGGAGACAACGUCACCUUCCAGUGUCAUUCAGCAAACACCUCAUUUGAUCGGUUCGCCCUGGCCAAGGAGGGAGAUGCCUCCCUGCCACAGCAUCAACAUGAGGGACACCAAGGGAGCUUCACCCUGAGCCCCCUGAACCCCAGCUUCACAGGGAAGUACAUCUGCUAUGGUUGGCACAGCAGCAGCCCCCACGUGUGGUCGGCACCUAGCGAGGCCCUAGAGCUCAUUAUCACAGCAGAGCCCGAGACCCGGAAACACACGGUGGAGAACGCGGUACGGCUGGGCGUGGCGGCACUGGUCCUCGCGGCGCUGGUGGCCCUGGGCGCGGACCACUGGCGCAGCCACCGCGCGGAAUGCACGGAGUUUGUGGGACGUGGGGACCUGCCCGGGUCGGACUGGGGCGCCAGACAAAGAGGACCCGGACCGGGCCCUGGAGGACACAGGUGAGCUCCAGGUGCUGAUGGAUGCGCUCAGGAGCGGCCCAGGGGAGACCGGCGGAGCCAGAGCCCUCCAAGCCCCGGGCCCGCCUUCGGAGGACCUUUCUCCAGCCGGAGUCCUGACCUGCGGGCUGAUAUCCAUCUGUAUCUGGGUCUCGUUACAGCCCUGUGUUUUCCUCCCGGUGUUUCUUCCUUCCUAGUUUUAAUGCGUCUUCACUAAAUACAAAUGGCUGGGAAAGGGUGGAAAUGCGAGCCCUUCCCGCCUUUGCUUGCGAGGUGUCCGCUUUGUCCAUCUGCACAUUAAAGAGAUAAACAGGCACCCGAGGGAGAGUCCUGACUCUCGGGCGCAGGCGGGAAAGCAGCGCUAAUCCCGGACUGCGCAACUCCAGUGGGUCGCAGCUUCAUUUUAUAAAACGGAAAAGUCCUGGAGGGCGAUGCUAUAGCAGCACAAGGACUCUCAACCUGCACUUGUUAAGAGGGUGCGGUGCGUUUCCAAAAGCGCGAGGGAAAAGACUCGGGAUGUUUGCACCACAGAGAAAUGAAAGAUAAGCUAGGCGUGGCUGCACACGCCUGUAGUCCCGUCACUCUGCGAGGCUGGGCAGCUCCGGCAAUUUGGUGAAGUUCUGUCUCAAAAUAAAAAUUAACAGGGGGCUAAGGUAGCCCUUGUGAAAGCCGUGGGCCCAAUCCCCAAAGGUGAAAGAAAAAGAAAGAUACGGUGACUAUUACAGAAGACUGCUACCUAGACGUCUCCUCCCCGAGGCGAGCCGCACCUAAGGUGACUGUGUGCCCAGCACCACGUGUGCCGUAAACAGGGACAUUCUUUAUGUUUUCUCACAUCAGCUUAAAAAUUAAAUUCAACUUAAACUUACAAA